AUGCUGAACAAGAGGAUUGUAGGUUGUGUCGUGAAGAAUGAUAUCGAGCGCGCGAGAAUCCGAGAAGGAGACCCCACAGGUCCGUCUCUCAAAGGUGAGGAUCAGGCCAGUGCCUGGAUCACCACCACCCCAGCCAGAUUGGACCCCGUCCAAGCGACCGACAGCAUGGACGACAAUAGAAUCAGAGAUUCCACGAUCCUCGACCUCGCCACCCACCUGACGGCCCUAGCCCAAGUUCAAGCGCUGCCUGCGAAGCGGGGGAUGCCCGCGUUGUCUGCGGAAGCAAUCCAAGCGGUGCGUAAUCUCUACGCGAUCACGCUGGAGGGCGCUUCCCUCGACGAGGAUGCGCUCGAGGACGCGGUCGAGACGGCCAUGAAAGCGCUUAAUCCAAGCUUUAUCACAGGAACCAAACGAAUCGGGGCCGGAUCGGACGGUGAAGAGGACGAGGAUGAAGAGUUGGACGGCUCCCAACUGUCUGGGGACGUUCGCAAGAGCAAGAGAAUUAGAAAGCUGGCACCCGUGAGCUACCGCGAGGUGGAGGAUGAUGAAGCGGGUGGUUAUGAGGGGGACAACGAGCUGUUUGUCACCGACGACGAUAAAAGUGCAGAGAGCCAGAGCGAGAUGGGGGAUGGCAUGGAGGAUGUUAUAAUGGAGGGAGGAGAAGGAGUCGCACGAGAAACCUCUGCCGUCGCAGCCGGGGAACCGGAAAAGGCGGACGAAGCCAUGGCCGAGCCCGAUCAGGAGACCAUCACACUAGAGAGGAUAUCUGGCCAGGCGGCAACUUUUGAGGCAAGGGGUGGAGUAUAA